AUUUGCAUCAACAACAACAAUGGAUCCCUUCACUCAGCGCAUGCUCGAAAAGGCCGAACAGCGCAGUCGCGCACUCGGCAUAACAAAUGCCAGCAAAUUUCCACUGGCGGAAUGCACUCUAACAACGGAAACGGAGGCGUCGGCGGUCAGCAAAGCGACGCCAGCUGCGUCCGCGACAGCCUCAGCGUCAACCGGCAGCAGCGGCGGCGGUAAUGCCGGCAAAGUUGUUAUCUUGGAGAAGGCAACGCUGGCGGCAUCGCCCACAAAGCCGCUGCGCCACUAUGCGGCGGUAAACAAGGAGAACAUGGAAAUGGGCAUCGAGAUAAACAUAACCACCGCCCAGCCAAUUGGGGUACAAGUUGAGAUACAGGAGCAGGAUAUGACGAGCAGCGACGAGGACGAGGAGCAGCGAGCUGCUCUAAUCUCGAAUUCUGGAGAUGGUGCCGCUGCUGCGGAGGCGCCUGUCAAUCAGCCUCUGGCCCGACUGCGUGACACGUCGCGCAGCCGUCUGCAGCGCAUGGGCGCACUGUACUCCAAUACGGAUGAUCUGUCCUCGCCCAUACAUCGCACCGAGGCGCAGUUUCAUGCCGGCGACGAUGAUGACCGACCGCUGUCGGCGCGUAGUCCACGCAGGGGCAAACAACGCUUUGGCAAGCUAGCGGCGUUGGCGGACACAAUUAACCAAUGGGAAGACGAUACGGCACAUCAUGAAGUGCAUCGACCGCUGCUGGAAGCCGUGCCGCCGCCCAAGCCAGACUUGCCCAGUCGCCCAGUGCCGGAGCCGAGAGCCAAAGCGGAUGUUGUGGAUGCGAGCAACAAAACCAAACAACUCAAAUGGGAUCCCAAGGUAUUGAGCUCAUUGGAGGCGCAGGGCUUUCAGCGACGCGAUUCGUCCACGAUUAAACAUACCUAUGAUUACGCCAAGCAGGAAGAAGCGUCAAGUACAACAACCGCAGCUGCCACAGCCAAGCCGCCGGUGCCGGAGAAAUCAACGACGGUCAGUAAAGUGGCCAAGACCUUUGGCGCCGUGGCGCCUGCACCCGCACACUCCAAGCCUGCAGCAGUGGCCGCCACCAGUGUUAAAUCCGGCUUGGUCUCUGGUCGCGCCGCCAUUUUCGAGAAUAAGGCCAACGGCGGCGGCUCUCAGUCCCAGGCAGCACAGCGCAACCAAAAAGAUCCCUGCGAGCUGUCGCUGAAGGAGCGCAUGAAACUUUUUGAGACCGGCAAUUCAAAGGCCAUGCUGCCCAAGGCGCCCAUAGGCACAGCGCCUAGCAUCAGCCAGAUUAGGGCAGACGAGCCCAAGGCUCACAGUGCGCCAGUGCAUCCGAUUACAGCAGGCGCUCAGAGCGCCGUCAAGCCGCAGCCCAAGCCCGAGAGUAAGCUGCGCGACAAAGUGGCCGCCUUGGUGGCCUCUGCCCAAAGCAGCGCUGAGAAUCGCAUUAAGGACAUUGAUCGACAGCGCCAGGAGGACAUGCAAAUCAUAGCCAAUCGGUUUAACAAGCAAAAGGACCUCCUUACGCCGCAGACAACGACUGCAACAGCACAGCCAGCGCCUGUGCCGGCGCCACCCGUGGCUAGCAAAGUGGUGCGCCCAAUGCCGCCGCCACCACCGCCGCCCAUGGCAAAUGCUAGCAGCAAGCGGCGCUCACCUGGCGAUGUCAUUGACGAAGAGUCGAAGCGCGCACGCACAUCGCACGCGGAUCGCCUGUAUCCCGCUCUGUCCGAUCUUGACUCCAGCGGCGACAACUGCUGCGCCUCGGCUACCGCCUCGCUUAACGAUGACACCGAGGAGGAGCUAGAAAGUUGCAUGGAUGAGUCCUUGGAGGAGGAGGAGGAUCAGUCGCAGACUGAGGACAGCAGCGCGGGCAUGUGCAACGGCAGUCUGGGCCGCGAGAUAUUGCACACGGUGCAACGCAACGAGGCCGAGCUGCAACAGCAGCAACAACAACAACAACAACUGGGAAAAAAGGUACGCUAUGCCGAGCAGGAUCAUUAUUACAGUCAUGACGGUGAUAGCUCUAUGAAUUCCUCACAAAUCUCUGCGGGCAUUGAUGAUUAUUUGGACGAGGCACUGGUGGGUGACUAUGGCAGCACACAGGAGGAUGACAGCGAGGACGAGCACAAUGCCAGUCACCUAUCGCUGGGCAGCAAAGGCACCACCGCCUCCAAUAGUUUCUCAUUUCGCAAAACGCCGGCUGCUGGCGCCGCCGGCUCUACUGCCUGUCAGACCAUACAGGAGCAGCACGAGGCGAUGGAUGUGCAAACGCCGCUGAUGAAUGGCGCACAACCCGUCAAGUCCGAGCUGAGCGUUAAUCAGGACAACGAUAACUUGGUCACGCUGGUGCACACCGUUAGCUUCUAUCGUCGCCAGCAAAGUGCCAGUAAUUCUAAUUCGACGCCCGUGCGCAAAAUAUAUCGCGAGCAGCAGGUCAUGCGUUCGGCGCUCACCGGCGAUUGCCAUGCCAAGCACAAGCUGGAGUAUGAUUCACCACAGCAUGGCGAGACGUCUGCCGCGACUGCUACCAGCAACGAUGACUGCAGCGAGGAUGACGAAGAGCAGCACACUGCACGCGAAUUGAACGAGUCAGCACAAGCCCAGGACAAGAUCAAGAAAUUGCUCAGUGAGGUUUGCAAGCAGCAGCAGGUAAUAGGCCAGGCCAGCCAGGCGCUUAAUCUGUGCGCUGCCACCGUGGAGUUUUCCGGUUCCACUGAAUCCGUUGAGGGCGAACGCUAUUUACUGCUAGCAACUCAUCGUCGUCAGGCCUGCUUGGAUGAGGUGCAGCGGCUGCGCGUGGAGAACAGCGUGCGUCCCGUGGGCGCACCCAAGGAGAAGGGCUUGCUGACCGUCAAGGACAUUACCAUACCGCUGAGACAGGAGUACGUGCGCAAAAUGGCAACGGGCAACAUAAAUGGCCAUCAUUUGGUCUGCCUGCUCAAGUACAAUGAGCACGUGCUGGCCACCAAGACGGUGCCCACUAUGCCUGGCUUGCUCUCUGUCAAAUUUCCCGAUGUGCUGCAGCUUAACAAUGUCUAUGCAGAUUUUCGGGUUACCCUUGAGAUUUAUGGCAUGCUGGCGCAGCGCGAUCAGUUGCCACAUGAACUCAAGUAUCACAUUAAUCUGAACAAGAAGGGCGGCAUUAAGACGCCCAAAAAGAAGGGCGGUGAAAAUCGUUUGGUCAUGCCCCCAGUACAGAGUCCAGCCGGGCCGCAUGUGGUGCGCACACCGCAGCUGGUGCAAUAUGGCUUUGCCAUCUUCUCGCUGCGUGAGAUUCAGCGCACCAGCUGGACGCUGACGCAAGUGCUGGGCGUGAGUCCGCUCGAUGGCACCGUUCAUAUGAAAGUCAAUUGCGAGCUGUCUGUGAGCGUGGAGUACAAGGGUUUCCUCACCAUGUUCGAGGAUAUAUCCGGUUUUGGUGCCUGGCAUCGUCGCUGGUGCUAUCUAAAUGGCUCCGUGCUCAACUACUGGAAGUAUCCGGAUGAUGAAAAGAAAAAGGCGCCCAUGGGCAGCAUUGAUUUAAAUGCGUGCAGCUCACAUAAGGUCAGCACAGCGCCGCGUGACAUUUGCGCGCGCUUGAACACCAUGCUGCUAGAGUGCGAACGUCCGGCCCUGGAUACCGAUCAGGAGUCGUUGGUUAUAGUGCCCAAUGGGCGGAUGACAACUGUGCGGCAUCUGCUGUCCGCUGACACCAAGGAGGAGCGCGAGGAGUGGACCGCCUAUCUAAACAAGGCGCUGACCCUGCUGCGCGCCUGGGGCACAACGCAUUGAUAAACGGACUGGGAGCAGCAGCAGCAGCAGCAGCAACACAGCUGGGGGCGGGGAUUUCCUGUACGUUUUUUAUGUUUUAUGUUUUUAAUAUUUAGUUGAUUUUUAUUUUUCUUAUAUAUUUUUUUUUUUUGGCUUCGAUUGCGUUGCUAGCUGUUUUCCAUUUAAACGAUAAUCGCGUAAAUGUAUUUUAAAUUCAAGCAAAUAAUGUAUAUGUUCAUGUUCAGCGUCAAAGUAUUGUUGAGAUACCCGGUUUAAUAUAUAUAUUAUGUACUAACUUUAAGCGCGUCUCGCAAAAAUUAUAAUGUACAACGAAAAGUUCAA